AUGGCUAAAGGAACAAGCUGGAAGCAAAUCAUUGCGUAUGACAAAUGCCGAUUUAUCAUAGACGACACCGCACGUGGGGCUUCAUUUGAAAGUCUGGAAGGCAUCGUCAGUGCGCCAGAAGCAUCAAGUUUUAAGAAAAGUGAUAAGUGUCAUGAUAUGUUGGCAUAA